CUCACUCCCAUGCAUCAGUACACGCCCCUCGAGGCACGCAGCACCAGCAGCUCAAGAAGCAGCUACAAGACUAAGUUUUCAUCUCACCGGAGAAUAAAAAACCGCAGUGUGAACAGCGACCACCGAAGCACACAAGGAAUAACACGAAGGUGAAGCAUUAGCGCUGACACAAGACAGGACAUCAUUACCAUCGACAACAUCGGAAGCAGCCAGACAGCCCGCAAGCCAGACAGCCCGCCAGCGACAGUCCUAAAUAGGCAACUAACUUUCCCCGUGACAGACGAUCACAGCGCCAUGGCUCCCAUCUCCACCCUCAACACAAUGACAUCCACAAUGGGCCACAGUGACCUGGGCCACAGUCUUAUGGCCUUCGACCUGCCCAUCAGUCGCAGGGGUCACUUCUUCCAGGACUCCUUCUUCGAGAAUGCUCACGAACAGUUCAACAGCACCGUCAGGAGGAUUCUACAGAGGUGGGGAGAGACGGACUUCCUUGGGAAGCAAUGGGACGACCAUAAGCUCUGCCUCUCCAAUUCCCUGAACCGCUACCGCCAGCUGAGGACUCACAACCUAAAGGAGGAGGACCAGGCCGUCACUGUCUCCUCUGAUGUCGCCAGCCAAAAGAUCGUGAUGGAUGUGCACGACUUCGUGGCCGGCGAGGUGAAGGUGAAGGUGACUGGCGAGCGGGAGCUGGUGGUGGAAGGACGCACCGAGACCAAGGAUGGAGACUGGUCAAUGUCCACCAACAGUUUCCGCCGACGCUUCUGUCUGCCGGCCAACACCGACUUGAAGGCCGUGUCCGCCGUGCUAUCUGACGACGGCAUCCUUACCAUCUCUGCCCCGAAGAUGGCACCGGCCCUGGAGGCUGGUCACAUGGAGGUCCCCAUCACGAGGGAGGGCAUGCAGGCUGCCGCCGCCACCGUGGACAGCAGCUCCAAAGUUGCUUCAUCCUCGAGCAAGACCACCGAGGCGGCGAGCUGCACGUGCAGCCACCAGCAGCAGGCGCAGAGCACCGACACUCAAGAGUCUCGCGGGCAAAUCAUUCCCAUCCAACUGGACGGCUCUCAAGAGCCCCAAAGCCCCGCCGCCUCCCAAACCUACGAGACCAAAGUAAACGAAAAGGUUCAACUGGAGAAAAUGGAGUCUGCCGUUAAGAACAUUUCCGAGACAAUCCGCCGCGCCCAGCACUCCGACAGCACCACUGAGGCCAGCACAGCCAGCUGCACCUCCCCGCGGCCGCUGUUUGCCCCGCCCAGCCUCCGAGGACGCAACAUUCUCAUCGCUCCGAGCAGUCUGCUGCCCAUCACCAAGAGAGGGAGAUUCUUCGAUGACGAUUUCUUUGUCAACAUGCGGCAGGACUUCCAGAGUGCAGUGAAUGAUGUGUUGGGCCGCUGGGGCGAGGGCAGCGUGCUGGGCAACGGUCACGACGCCCUCGCCUCGCUGGGUCGGUACCGGCAGCUGAGGGAACGCAACCUCGGCGUGGAGAGUCAGGCUGUAACUGUGUCUGCCGACCAGACCAGCCACAAGAUUGUGUUGGACGUGAACGACUUCGUGUCCGGCGAGGUGAAGGUGAAGGUGGCGGGCGAGCGGGAGCUGGUGGUGGAGGGACGCACCGAGAAAAAGGAUGGAGACUGGUCAGUGUCCACCAACAGCUUCCGCCGACGCUUCUGUCUGCCGGCCAACACCGACGUGAAGGCCGUGUCCGCCGUGGUGUCUGACGACGGUGUGCUCACAGUCACCGUACCAAAGAAAACAACAUCCCCCGCUGGGUCAAUGAUCCCAAUCAAGGUUGAGGGACACAAGGAAAUCAAAAUCGAGACCGCCACCCCCUCGGCACCUGGUACCCCUGCCACCCCGGGCACUCCCGCCAGCCCCGCCGUCCCGCAGCAGCAGUCUUCGCUCACCUCCACUCAAACUGACGCCCAAGUCAGUGGAUCAGUCGGAACAUUUGCGAAGAAAAACACAUCGACCAAGGAGACGACGCAGACGUCCUCACUCCUCAGGCAGCAGCCAGGCUUCCCCACACCCGGAGGCCUGAUGCUGCCCAUCACCACUCGCGGGCUCUUCUUCGGAGACUCCUUUUUCAAAAACACUUGGCAGGACUUCCACGAGGCAGUGAGGGACGUGGUGUCCAAAUGGGGCAACUUCUCAGCUGACGAAGACCUGUCACGCUACAUGACUCUUCGUGCCGCGGACUUGAAGAACGAGAACCAGGCGGUGAAGUCCACGGAGGACGAGGCCAACUACAAGAUUGUUGUUGACGUACAAGGCUUUACGAAGGGCGGCAACAUCACAGUGCGGGCGGUGCAGGACCGCGAGCUGGUGGUGGAGGGCCUCGUGGAGCAGCAGGAGGGAGGUGCCAAGUACAAGAAGCAGUUCCACCGUCGCUUCGUCCUUCCCCACGACAUCUACCCUGAGUCCGUGUCGUCAGUCAUGUCUGCUGACGGCGUGCUCACCAUCACUGCUCCCAAGAAGCCAUCGACCAUCCAGCUCAAGGAGGUCAUCCUGCCUAUAGCUAUCGAGGAGGGUGUAAACAGGACGGAGAGUCUCAGCCAGAUGCCAACCCCGGAGAUCAAGUCCCCUACCCCAGCUCCGGUCAUGAGCCAGCCUCUGUCCGUCGCCCCCGCCGCCAGCUUUGGGAGCGCCACCACCACCAGCACCAUGCACCAGCAGGCUGCGUCUCAGAGCGUUACCUCACAGUCCUCACAGCAGGUGGGUGGCCCCCAGGAACACAUCAUCCCAGUGUCGGUGGAACAGUCGCAUCCCGCGGCGGCGACGGCGACGGUCUCACAAGCACACGCCGCAACGACGUCUGAGUCUCAAGUGCAGCAAACUGCCGCGACUGAAAGCCUCCAGAAGGAGAGCAGCAGCAGCCUAACGCAGCAGCAGUCAGAGCAGAGCAACCUGAAGAUGGUGCCCAUCAGCCACAGGGGCACCUUCCUCAACGACUCCUUCUUUGAGGAUGCCAGGAGACGCUUCGAAGCUCUCACGCAGAAGCAGUCUGCCCUCAAGCCUGCCCUCUCUCCCAGCUGCAGCCUGCUUAGGAGGAACUUCAGGCUGUCGGAACAGGAGGCUCACGUAGAGGAAGACUCCCAUGCCCUCAAGAUAACACUCGACGUUAACGACUUCAUCGGCGGUGAGGUGAAGGUGGGCGUGGAGGGUGGCCGGGCAAUUGUGGUGGAGGGACAAACAUCCUGCGAGGAGGGAACCUCGUCCUCCUCCCGCAACUUCCGGCGGGUGUUCUCCCUGCCACGCAACGCCGACGUGGCGGCCGUCACCUCUGCGCUGUCUUCUGACGGUGUGCUCACCAUCGUGGCGCCAAAGCUGCAGCAGCUCGCCGAGGCCGCCGCCGGCAGCAAGGAAAUGGCAAGCGAGGGCCACACCCGCCAGGAGAUUCAGGGCGCCGGGGCACAGGGCUGGGCGGAGAGCAAGGUCAAGGAAGAGGUCAAGGAGUCCAAUGGCUCCUCUUCCAAGUCCUACAGCAGCUCGUAUGCCUCGCAGCAGGUCUCCUCCCAGAACGUUUUGUGCCUCAAGCGGCGGCGACCUCUCGGCGCUCCCAGCAACGAAACAUUCCCUCGCAAUGAUCAAAGGAACCAGACGGGAAACACAAGAAUGGCGCCAAUGUGUGACAGCCUUUUGGCCUUUCCAGUGAUCUUCAGCUCCCCACACGGCCUGUGUCCUUGCCCGCUGUGGGAUGAUAUCCUCGACCUGAAUCUCCCUGUGUGGCGCAAAGGACUCUUUCUUCAGGACUCCUUCUUCCAGUACGUCUACGAGGCUUUCGAGAAUGCCGUGAGGGAGAUUUUGCAGCGGUGGGGUGAGACAGAGUUCCUGUGGGAGCAGUGGGAUGACCCAAAGGUUCGCCUUACUGACGCCCUCAGCCGCUACCGCCAGUUGCGGACUCACAGCCUAGGAGAAGAGGACCAAGCCGUCACCGUCACCUCAGAUGAUCUUAGCCACAAGAUCGUGAUGGACGUGUACGACUUCGUGUCCGGCGAGGUGAAGGUAAAGGUGGCGGGCGAGCGGGAGCUGGUGGUGGAGGGACGCACCGAGACCAAGGAUGGAGACUGGUCAGUGUCCACCAACAGCUUCCGCCGACGCUUCAGUCUGCCGGCCAACACCGACCUGAAUGGCCUGUCCGCCGUGUUGUCUGACGAUGGCAUCCUCACAGUCACGGCCCCGAGGAUGCAGAUGGGUCCCGAGAUGAUCAUCCCCAUCAGAAUGAGUGGCGAGAACCAGCUCCCUGGGGGGUGGAGGCUCCCCGCGUCUCCCGACUGGCCCCCCAGCCCCCCAGGCGUCCUAUUGCAUCCCCGCGUCAGCGAGUUGAUGGGGAAGAAAGCAAACCUCCAGAAUAAGGCCUUGAAGAAUGCGCCGAAGAACUUUGGUCUGCCAGUCGUGCACAAUAGUUCCCCUCUACCGAUCCCCAAGAUGGGGCCGUUCUUCAGCGAUCCCUUCUUUGGAGACGCAUGGCAGGCCUUCGAGGAGGCAGUACGGGAAGUGCUGUCAAAAUCUGGCGACCUGAGGAGCCCUGAUGACUGGCUGGCGCAGUACAGAACCUUCCGGACCCGCGACAGGACGGAGGAGAGCCAAGCAGUCUGCUGGACCGAGGACGAGGCGGGCCACAAGAUCGUGCUGGACGUUCAAGACUUCAGCAGCAGCGGCGAGGUGGCGGUACAGUUCCUGAGCGAGUGUGAGCUGGUGGUGGAGGGCCGCGUGGAGGAGGAGGGAAAGUGCAGCAGGUCGUGUAGAAGGUUCCAGCGAUGCUUCCUCAUGCCUGGCCCCGUCGACCUUCAGGCAGUGACCUCCGUGAUCUCUGCCGACGGCGUGCUCACCAUCACCGCCCCCAAGAAGGUCCAGCACACGUCCCCAGCACUCCCCCAGGCGACACCCGUGACCCCCGUGGCCGCCCCCGAGAAGAGGCCAGAACCCAUCCCCACCCACCGGCCGCCCCCCGCCCCCCGCAGAGCCGCCACGGAGCCCAUCCCGAGAGUCGAGUCGCCCACCCCCAGCGAGCAAUCCAACGACUCCUGCGACUCGGACGGAAGAUUCUGGACCAUCUUGCCGCCGUCGGGAAAUGGAUCUCUCACCAUCGAGGAAAUAGAGUGACGGGGCUCCUCUCUCUUGAUGACCCCCUUACGACUGCUUCACUGUAUCACGCUACGCCUCGCCACGCCACGCCACGCCACGCCACGCUACACCACGCCUCACCACACCUCCUUAUUUGUCACCUCGCCCUCAUUACAUUUACGAUACUCCUUCACUAUUUUCCUUAUGCCUUAACCAGUACGUCACAAUAUCUUUCAGGACAACAUCACAGUCUCCAGAACCUCACUUGCAACCCCUUGAAUUUGUCACUUCGUCCUCCACAUUACAACUACGAUCUCCCUUCCCUCUUUUUCCCCUACGCCUUCAGAAGCACUUCACUACGUCUUUCUUUCAUCAGGAUAUUCCAGAACCCACACCCUCACUGGCUACUUUACACUCUCAAGCCUUUGCCACAGCGUCUUUAUAACGCUUAGGAUAUUCCCGCACUUGUUUCUCAUUUACGUCUUUACCAACACCUUUAUCAUGUUAGUCAUCGCUUAUAUCCCAACCCCAAGAACCCAAGAUCUCACGGUUACUUUGCACUCCCCUCCCUCUUUACGCUUGUCACCUCGGCCGAACUGCAUAAUAUAUAAGUACUGUUUUUCUCAUCACGUCUUCAGCGCCCGGCCUCCACCACGUCCCUUGGCAACGGACUUAUCUUACACGUCCUUUAAUAUUCCUUUUCAUUACACCGUCGCCUCACUAAGCUUCCACACCAUCACCACCACACUAGGUUAAGCCCACGCAAAGCACCUUCUCCACUCCCUCACCAUGUUUCCUCCACCUCAUCCUCACCUCACCUCACCUCACCACGGCUCCUCACCAAGCUCUCACCCCUUCACAGCCCUUGUCACCACCUCACCACCACGCAUGUCCCUUCACCCCGCCUGGAGAAUCAUCACCAUUACGAUCAUAACGUUCAUAUGACAUUGGUGUGUUUAUAAGAUUCGCUAAAUGUAUAAGGUCAUCGGAUACCUAUACAUAUACAAGAUUAUUAGGCAUAUUGUCUAUUUAGAUAUAUUUUUUUGCCUCUGAAUCUGUACAAAUGAAUAUAUUUUGUCACGUUAAAAAUGAAGUCUUUUUUUAAUUCAGUGUUUUCUCCUUAGUCUUUAUAUAAUUCGCUCAUUUUUAGUUGAGAAUUGUCAGCGUCCUCC